AGUUUGUUAUAUUGGUGACGCUUGUGUACGCCCAUGGCGAUGUAAACUUACACAAAACACAAUUAUGAAAUUUAUCUGACAAAUCAGUUUUGAUUUUUUUUUAUUUUUUUUUGGUUUCUGUUGUUUUGUUUUUUUGUAUGUCUUCAAUCUUACAUAAAAUGUCUUUGAGUGCGAGCGCUGAAAAUCUUUCAACCGAUGCUCAGAGUUGCGAUGGUGGUUCUAUGUGCCUUGAAUUGGCGUUGGAGGGUGAACGACUAUGCAAAGCAGGGGACUGCAGAGCGGGUGUGGCCUUCUUCCAGGCGGCUAUCCAGGCUGGAACAGAUGAUUUGAGAACCCUCAGCGCUAUAUACAGCCAGCUAGGCAAUGCUUAUUUCUACUUAGGCGAUUAUACAAAGGCUAUGCAAUAUCAUAAACAUGACCUAACAUUAGCUAGAACAAUGAAUGAUAAACUUGGCGAGGCGAAGGCAUCUGGUAACUUAGGAAACACUUUGAAAGUUAUGGGAAAAUUUAACGAAGCAAUCCAAUGUUGCAAGAGACACUUGGAAAUAUCACGUACCCUCGGUGAUCGACUGAGCGAGGGUCGUGCAUUAUAUAAUUUAGGCAACGUAUACCACGCGCAAGGGAAACAGCUGGGGAGAGUUGGCCAAAAUGACCCUGGUCAUUUUCCUCAAGAAGUACGGGACUGUCUUUUACAGGCUGUUGCAUACUAUGAAGAAAACUUAGAACUAAUGCGAAGCCUCGGUGACAGACAAGCAAUGGGUAGAGCAUGCGGCAACCUCGGCAAUACUUGCUACCUCCUCGGUGACUUCACCAGAGCGAUACGAUAUCACACAGAGCGACUGAGAAUAGCCCAAGAGGUAGAAGAUAGAGCUGCAGAACGCAGGGCUAAUAGCAACUUGGGCAAUUCACAUAUAUUUCUUGGACAAUUUGAAAACGCAGCAGAGCAUUACAAACGUACCCUAGCUCUUGCUGAAGAGCUAGGAGAUGCAGCAGUCGAAGCCCAAGCAUGCUACUCCCUCGGGAACACCUACACUCUCCUACGCGAGUAUCGCAUCGCUGAGGAGUACCACGCUCGUCACCUCUCAGCGGCGAGGAAGUUACAAGACCGAGUUGGCGAAGGCAGAGCAUGCUGGUCGUUGGGCAACGCUCAUGCAGCACUCGGGAAUCACGAAAAAGCGCUUUAUUUUGCCAAGGAACAUUACAAUAUUUCUAAAGAGCUCGGCGACGUUCUUGGCAUGGCCACAGCACAAAUGAACAUCGGCGAUCUCUGCAAAGUAUUAGGCCUUCCCGUUGACGCGACGCCGUCACCGCCUCAGGACUCCGCCACUGCACCCCGCACACCCUUCAAUGCUCUGCGUGUCAGACGGCAGAGUAUGGAACAGCUGUCUCUGAUAAAGAUAACUCCUGAUGCCAAGAAAAGAGAAGGAGAAGAUAAUAGUAAAGAAAGGGAGAUGAUCCGGGGCGAGUCUGAAGAAGGAGAUAAUCCAAGUGAAAUGUUCAUGGAGUUGGUCGCUAGGUGUCAGUCAGAUCGCAUGGACGAACAAAGAGCCAGCCUUGACAAAGAGAACAGGCCGAGAAAGCUGCAACGAUCUGCCAGUAGUGGAAACAAAAACCCUCCCCCAGAUGGCAUGCUCGAGAUGCUGAAUAUGAUUUCUGAACUUCAAUCUGAAAGAAUGGAUUCCCAGCGUGCAGAGUUGCGCCCAGUUCAGAAGACUUCCAAGGUGAGCAAGGCCACUUCUCUACCCGGCCUUCGCCCCCUACAGACUACCAGCACCCGGCCCGAAGAAGAUUUUAUGGAAAUAAUUGCUAGGGUGCAGGGCUCCCGCUUGGACGAUCAACGCUCCGAGCUACCGGCUGCGAAGCCCAAGGAACGUCCCCAACUGGACGAUGACUUUCUCGCGUUCAUAAUGCGCGCCCAAGCAGGCCGUAUGGAGGACCAGCGCGCCAGUAUACCUUUGAAGGAGUCCGUAUCUAACAAAGCCUCCAACUCAAAGAAGUAAGCGGUUGCUGUAUCGGCGCCCACGAUAGGUUACUUCUGCUCUAAUGCUCUUCUGCACUGCUUAUAUACGUUAUGAGUUACAAUAACAGUUCGACGUCGAAUAUCAACUAUGAUUUACAUUGUUUAAAAACCUAUAAUGUUUAUAUGGUAACUUGAAUAGUUUUUUGAGCAGGUCAUACUACAUAUCUGACAGUUGUAUGAAUGUGUUGCCAUUUAAAAUCAAAAGAUAUGUAUAUCAAUAUAUUAAAAAAAAUGUGUCAGUCAAUUUUUCCAAAUUUAUAAGUAUGAUAUACAUAUUUAGGGAUAAAGGUUGUUUCAUACGGUACACGUGACAUAUGUCAUUAUUGAUACGGUUUCAAAUGUAUUCUGCAUGUUUUAAAUUAAGAUUUAACUAUAUUCAGUACUAUAUUAUUGAAUAUUCACCUAAAAAUAAUAUUACUACUUUAAAGGUUGUCGGUAAAGGUGUCAUGUCAUUACUUGUGACAUACUUAUAUGGCGUUAAUUUGUUUGAAGUGAAACUUCUUUGGACACGUUGAAAUAAAAUUAAAGGCCUAAUUCGAGUAGAACGUAAUAUAUUAUGUCACGUUUGAGGGAGACGAUGCACAGUAGUGUUUCACUUCUGACGCGUGUGCCAAGUUUCAAUCGUUUUAUUUUUUUGUGUAAUCUGUUGAUUCAAAAUAAUUCCUUACUUGUCACUGUAAAUUGCAUUGAGUACUGUAUAAUUUGUCUUCUACACAACAUUGUUGCCAACUGUCGACUUGCCAUAAAAAAUAAUUGAGAUUCUUCUAAAUUAUUCUUUAAUUAUACAUCUUAAACAUUCCAAAAUAAUUAUUUAUAUUAAUUCCUCUAUAUUUUUUUAUUAUUUAAUUUAUUUUAUACUAACUUUAUUUAAUCUAAAAUCAUUUAUUUAUUUUAUUUUAUUUUUUAAAGUUGGCAACACUGUGUUUACACCAUUAAUGCAAUCUGUUAUGUUUAUGCAAAAGUAUGAAUAUUAUGAAAUAUAAAAAACACGCGACAUUGGUGAAGUAAUUUAACUUCGAUUAUGACAUUUAAAAAAACAAUUGACCAAAGAAUAAAUGAAAUUAAAACCAGCUAAAUUGAAAACACCUUAAAAAGAUUAACUUAGUAAAACCGAAGUUUCCCUUUUAUUUUUAGGGUUAAUUAAUUUUCAAGUCAAAAUUGUGAGUUAAUUUUCAUUGUAAUUGAUCAAUUUAUAUGAUUAAUUUGAAUUUUAUUUUAAAAAUAUUUAAUUGAAUUAUAAUUUUAGUUUAUUUCUAUGUAUUCAAUUGUGCUUUACUUUUUAGUGUUAAGUUAUUAGUAAGGCCUACUUAUAUCGGGCUAUCGGUUUAAAAUAGACUUUAAAUAGAAGUUAUUUUUUAUGAAUACUACAUACUAUUAGUGCAUAUAUUAUAAAAAUAGAAAUACAAAAUUAUCACCUUCAAUUUGCAAUUCCGUCGAUACAUUUAAUAUUAAGCUCGUAUGAAUUAUAAGCAAUUUUCUAAAUUCAUAUUUAUCGAAUAAGAUACGCAUAUUAUAUGACAAAAAUAAUAGAACAUAUUCGAAACAGAUUAAAAUUCAAAAUACUAUUGAAAUUCGAACUUCUUGGGAAACGUUUUGGAAAAAAGUUGUUAUAUGUAGGUUUAAACGUUCUCUGCUGUAAUGAAAAAUAAAAAACAAUAUAAUCAUCUAAGAUGAUUUAGCCGUCCUUUAAAUAAUUCAUACGAGUAGAACUACUUUUUCCAUAAAUAAUUAUUAUAAGUAUAAUGUAGUCUGGAUUUUUAUAUAUUAUGCAUAACUCGAUACGUCAUACAUUUGCUACUUUGUAAUGGUUUGAUUAUAAUUUUAUUCAUUUUACAACGUAUGAACGUGAUUCAUUGAAAAAAAAAAAACUUUUAUAGGUAAUAUUAAUUGAGAUGUUAACAAAAAUUAAGGUCUUGACGAAAUCAUGCGAGUAGUGCAUCGGCUCUGAUUGAUAACAAAAAUAAUACAAUUAUGUUAAAAAAAAUACAUUUAAUCACUUUAACUUAGAAUGCCAGGUGUUAUUAAUAUGCUAUUUUUAAUAUUAGCUUAUUGAUAAAACGACGGAAAUAUAUGGGCUGCGCUUGCGCAGUGAAUCGCCGACGCGCCGUGUGUAAGUCGGUGUUCUGCGUCACCGCGCCUUUGACAAUUACAAAUAUUUGUAAUUAUCUUACUUUUAAUUACUAACCUGCAAUGCGAAUUGUUUAAUGAAUUUAUUAACUACUUAUUAUAUAAUUUAUUUUACUUAUAUCAAGUGUCUGUACCUUGUACCUCACACGUCGAUCAUGUUAAGAUGAAAAAAAAAAUCAAAAUUGUUAAAUAGAUUAUAUUAGUUAGGCAGAUACAACUGGUUAUUCUUAUAUAAUUUGCGAGCUUUAUGGCCUCUUUUCACAUCGUAUUGUCUAUGAUCUGACAAUUAAUAAACACCGUAGUGUCAAUAGUAAUGCCAAAUUGUGGAUUAAAAAAAAAUUAAAAAUGUC